AUGAGCGCCUCCACCGCCCAGCACUCGCCCUUACUCAACCUGCCCCCCGAACUCCGCUACACAAUCUGGGCCCUCGUCGCCGCCCCCCUCCCCGUGGACUUUGAAUACAACAGUGACGAACAACCCAUACUAGGCCUCAUCAACACAUGCAAACAAACAGCCCGCGAGCUUGCGCCGCACCUCUUCCCCCGCAAUGAGGCGGGCGAGAUCCCCUGCCUCACCAUCCGUAUCACGGCGACAUGUCGCAAGGACCAGUGGAUCACCAUCGCCGCUUCUCAUAGCGAUACACACGCGGGGUUUCCGGCGCCGCGGUAUAUUCACGUGAACCAUAUGGACAAUCCCGUCUUUGAUGAGCUCCGAGCCGCCGUCAAGAUUAAACAUGUCUUUGUUGAGUUUCGGGGACCGUGGUUCCCUGUUGAUGCGCCGUGGUAUUCACCGAAUCAUGUCCCUAGACAUACGAACGGGUUUCGGUACAUGGUGAUUGGGUAUCAAAGCCGAGGAGUUGAACCCAUCGUCGAUGAUAAAAAGUUCUGGCAGCAGUGGCACGCGCCGUUCCUCUGCCACUGGGCAAAAGCCAACGACGUGGCGCGCUUCCUCGGCUCCCUCGCCACCAUCGGAAACCUCGACAUCCAGUUCAAGGAUUGGGACAAGAUCUACGCACUAGCAAGGCAGCGCAUCUCGACCAUGUACUGGGACGCAUUUCCGUUCGGAGGGCAAUGGAACCGCGUCGGUGUCCCAGAGUUACUCCUCGCGCCAUUCAACCGCCGAGAGAACAUACCGAACCUCGUUGACGAGGAUCAAGUUUUGACGCGGUUCGGAAACUUGAACCUCGGCAAGCCGCAAGAGGACGGGCUUCUGCGCUGCUACUGGCGUAUAGAGGGGCCGCCUCGCCAUCCUUCCUUACCUCCACACCGAUUUUCGCCUCUCUUCUUUUACCAUAAUACACCCUCGUCCUUUACCGAAGAAGAGCCAUUGAUAGUAGACUAUGAGGAUUUAGAAGGCCGGUUCUUGUCGAUGCUGGAGGAGAUGGGGGAGGAACACUAUGAUACGUGGGCAUUACAGCAGCACCAAGAGGCGACGCGCAAUACCUCGUCCAGCAAUUUCUUUCAAAGGACUGCGCGCCAGUCAGACCAUCAGAAAGACGGCCAGCCAGCAAACUACCGGAGCUCAACUGCCUAUCUGCUGCUCACUCGCCAGAAUCGCCACUCGGUCCAGGCACUUGGCAACAGUGAAGGUGCCUGCAAUCUGCAGCAGUCUACAGCAUACGCUGUCGUACGGCAAAAGUCGGCUGAUUGGAUCGGCACUGGCCUAUUCAGGAAAUCUCAAUCCACGUUGCGAUCUAGAACUCGCGGCAUCAGGGAGACAGACAGGUGCACAGGCAACGUGCAAGACAGCCAUGAACGCAGGGACCAAAAGGACGCGUGUGAAGCUGUCGUCGCUUGUCUCUGGCUUUCAUCUAAUCCCGUCCCCAAAGUGUCAGCUGUUCAACUAGCCCAGCUAGCAAUUCUGCCGGUUCAUCCGUCCCCUUGGGACGGAAGCACCUAUAAUAGGAAAGUAGACGGAAAGAAGAAAGUCGGAAACGCUAGGGUAGACAAGCACCUCAGCGUCUGA